AACAGAGUCCCACGUUUUCUGAUUAACACCUAUUUUUUUUCCUUUUUUUAUUUAGAGGUACCAUUUCGAGUUUUUAUUUCUUAUCUAACGGUAAAAAUGAAAACGAAUCAAAUUGAAUGUGUUAAAAAAAGCCUAAAAGGAAUUACAACCACGCGGCGAUAACACGCAUAAAUAAAAAAUGACUCGUUAAGUAUCCACACGACCGACAGGAGCCAAAUUCAUUUUAUAUGUAUAAUUGAAUACCUACAGCAUUAGGAAUAUUGGUUUUAUUGGUGGGGAUUGUACGUCGACGAGUUGGAAAGUAACACAAUCGAACUGUGGGUUGUAUUAACUACACUUGUCUCUUUAUCGUCGGUUUAUGAUAUGAGCGUAUCGUAAAAUGAAUCGUUUCAAAUUUUUUGGGCACUUUCAAAAAAAUAUGAUCAUUCGAAUCAUUUGGACGUUUUUAUUUCUUCUCGGAAUCGCGAAGAGUUACAGACUACCAACUUCGGUGAUUCCCGAUACUUAUAAAUUGGAAAUCAUCACGAAUUUAGGUGAUCGUAAUAAUUUUAACUUCACCGGUCGUGUUUGGAUAAACUUAAACUGCACUUCAAAAACUACGAAUAUCACCUUACAUUCGAAGAAAUUAAAAAUCGAUAAUGAACAUGUAACUCUUUUGGAUGUUGGUGCGAGCAACAAAAAAGAUGAUUUUAUUAAAAUCAAAUCGAUCGCACAAGUUAAAGCAGACGAUUUCUUGGUUAUUGAACUCGAAAAAGAACUUGAUGACAAUAAAACAUACGAGUUGUUUAUACCGUUUUCGGGCAAAAUCGAAGAAGGAUUAGCUGGUUAUUAUCGAAGUUCUUAUUUGGAUAAGGAAAGUGGAAAAACUAAAUGGCUCGCUGUUACUCAAUUCGAGCCGAGCGAUGCUCGAAGAGCUUUUCCGUGUUUUGAUGAACCCGCUAUGAAAGCUAAAUUUCAAAUUAAUUUAGGAAGGUCGAAGAAUUUUUCUUCGAUUAGUAAUAUGCCUAUUAAAUCAACAGAAACGAUGGCAAAUAUUACUGGAUAUGAAAUGGAUCAUUAUGAAACAUCGGUCCCAAUGUCAACAUAUUUGGUAGCUUACGCAGUAUCUGAGUUGAAAAAUGUUGUAUCACCUAAAUCGAGUAAUGUAACAUUUAAAAUUUGGGCCAGAAGAGACGCAUUGGAUCAAGUAGAUUUUGCUAAAUUAAUUGGCCCGAAAGUUUUAGCGUUUUAUGAAGAAUAUUUUGAUAUUAAAUAUCCAUUACCGAAACAAGACAUGAUAGCGGUUCCCGAUUUUUCUGCUGGGGCAAUGGAAAAUUGGGGAUUAAUUACGUACCGCGAAACAUAUCUUUUGUUCGAUCCAAAAGUCACAUCUAUUUUAAGUAAAAUUUGCGUUGCAAGUGUUGUAGCUCAUGAAUUAGCUCAUCAAUGGUUUGGAAAUUUAGUUACAAUGAAAUGGUGGACAGAUUUAUGGUUGAACGAAGGAUUUGCAACUUACAUGGCAGCGGUGGCCGUUGAUAAUUUAACACCUGAAUGGAAAUCGUUGCAAGAAGAAACCGUUGAUAAUUUAUUAGCCGUGUUAAAUUUCGACGCUUUACAAAGUUCUCAUCCAGUUUCCGUUCCAAUUGGAAAUCCGAAAGAAAUCUCGGAAAUUUUUGAUACAAUUUCGUACAAAAAAGGAUCAUAUCUUUUACAUAUGAUGUCGAAUUUUUUGGGUGGUAACACUUUAAGACUUGCCGUUAGCAAAUAUUUAAAAGCACACAAAUACGGAAACGCCGAACAAGACGAUUUAUGGAAAUUCAUCACCGAACAAGCCCACGAAGAGAAAUCUUUACCAAAAGAAUUAACCGUCAAAGAAAUUAUGGAUACUUGGACUUUACAAACCGGGUAUCCUAUAUUAAAUGUUACCAGAGAAUACGGAACGAAUGGAACAGUUUUAGUUACACAAGAACGGUUUUUUAAAGACAGAGAUUUAGAGAAUGUUAAAGGUGACCCAAAAUGGUUGAUUCCUUUAACUUAUGAAACGGAAAAUAGUUUUGAAUUUCGUUCUAUGGAAGUUAAACCUAAGUUGUGGUUACCACCGAAACGUGACGUUAAAAUUAUUCAUGUUUCAGCUAAGGAUGACGAAUGGAUUAUUUUUAAUGUUAAAGCCACAGGUUUAUACCGAGUUAAUUACGAUCAAAAAAAUUGGAACUAUUUAAUUAAAAGUUUAAAAUCACCAAAUUUCACCAACAUUCCAAUUUUAAAUCGUAUUCUAUUAUUGGACGAUUCUUCAAAUUUGGCUUGGGUGGGUCGAUUAAAUUACAAAUAUUUCUUCGAAUUAUUAUCGUAUUUAGAACAAGAAACCGAAUAUUUACCGUGGAAAGUAGCUCUACGCAACAUUGGUUCGUUGGAGAUUUUAUUAAAACGAACCUCAACUUACGGCCAUUUCAAAGAAUACAUUCAAAAAUUAAUCGUGCCGAUUUAUUUGAAAGUUGGCGGUUUCAAAGAAAUCACUGAAACCGACAAAAACGUCGACGUCUUACAGCAUAGAGUUUUAAUUACGAGUACCGCAUGUAAAUAUGAACACGAAAAAUGUGUUAAAGAUGCCGUGAGAUUAUUUAAAGAUUUGCAAAAGAAAACGGAGUCGAAAGAAACAAUUCCUAAGGAUUUGAGGGGUUUGGUUUAUUGUGCUGGAGUUAAGAAUGGCGGGGAAAAGGAAUGGAUGUUUUUAUGGAAUUUAUAUUUAAAUUCAAACGUAGCGACUGAAAAGAAUUUGAUUUUAAAGAAUUUGGGUUGUACGAGACAAACGUGGCUUUUGGAACGUUAUUUGGAGUGGGCGAUCGAUUCGAAUUCGGGAAUUAGGAGGCAAGAUGUCACAACCGUAUUUGCAGCGGUUGUUGGAAAUGAUUUAGGUUUUUAUGUUACUAAAGGAUUUAUUGAGGAACACAUUAAAGAGAUUCACGAAAGAAUCCAACCAACUAUUAAUAAAUUAACCACGAUUAUAAGUAAUUUAGCUUCUUAUAUGACGAGAUCAACUGAAUAUUUAUGGUUAAAAAACUUUACAAAAAAUAACGAAGAAUACUUUAAGGAAAUUAAAAAUGGUGUUAAUCAAGCUGUUGAAACGGCGAAAUUAAAUUCUCAAUGGUACAAAGAAAAUAUGAAGAAUAUUCGGGGUUUAUUGAAGGAGCAUAGAGUUGAGUAAAUAACAUUGAUUAGAGCAUAAACUGAUUUAAUUAUGUUAGAUUUGUUGAACAAAAUAUUUAAUUAAAAUAUUAAAUACUUAAUUAAA